AUGAGAUAUCAGCAGCUUUACUGGUCCCAACCCAGGAAAUUCGGCCAGGGCUCCCACUUAUGCAGAGUCUGCGUGAACCGGAAAUAUGGCUGCCAGUGCUUCAGACAAUACGUUAAAGAUAUCGGCUUCAUCAAGCUGGACUAA